UACACCCAUAGAGGCUGUGGAUCUCCAUUUUUGAGACAAAUAAAACUACAAAUUUUUAUUUAUUUAUUUAUUUAUUUUUGGAAGUAUAAUUUUGAGAAACCAAAACCACCCCACCAUUUGAUUUUCCGCCAUUAAUGGAAGAAAAAUGGAAGCUUUCCAGAAAGGAAUCUUCUUCUUCUUCUUCUUCUUCUUCUAAGUCCUUCUUCUCCAGAACCUCUUCCUCCAAGCUGCCAUUGCUUAGAAGCUUAUCCCACAAGCACACUCCCUCCGCCGCCGCCUCCUCCACCAAGUCCCCCUCCGAUCUCGGCCGCAGCUCCUCCCAAAAAAACCCCUCCUCCUCCUCCAUUGGCCAUAAAUGCAGCAGCUUGGCUAAAGAACAAAAGGCCAGAUUUUACAUCAUGCGCCGAUGUGUCGCAAUGCUUGUCUGUUGGCAUAAACAUGGCGAUCCAUGAACAAAGAAGGUGCCAAAAAUGUACAUUUUAGUGGGGAUUCUCUUUCAAUGGGUGGAUUCACUUUUUCCCUCCUCCCCUUUUUUCCUACAAAAUUACACACCCAAUAACCCUACUCGACCAAUUAUUCUUUGAGCACGUUGUUCUAAUGUGGCUGACGGGUUUGAAUGUAGAAAAGAAAACCCGUAUUUAUUAGAGAUCAAUAAAUGUUGGAGUAUUGAGGUUGUAGCAUGUCGCUCUGAUGUGGCUGAUGGUUUUGAAUAGUUGAGUGUAGAAAAAAUUCGAAAACUCGUCCAGGCUGAUAAAUGUUGGAGUAUUGAGGUUGUAGCAUGUCGCUCUGAUGUGGCUGAUGGUUUUGAAUAGUUGAGUGUAGAAAAAAUUCGAAAACUCGUCCAGGCUGAUAAAUGUUGGAGUAUUGAGGUUGUAGCAUGUCGCCCUGAUGUGGCUGAUGAUUUUGAAUAGUUGAGUGUAGAAAAAACCCGAAAACUCAUC